GGCCGCCUGCGCCCCGGGGAGGCCCCCUGCGCGCGUUGGGACCAGCAGCAUGAGCAGCGGCUACAGCAGCCUCGAGGAGGACGCGGAGGACUUUUUCUUCACCGCCAGGACCUCCUUCUUCAGGAGAGCGCCUCCGGGCAAGUUCCGUUCGGGUCAGCCGGAUGUGGAGAAAGAGAAGGAAACUCACAAUUACCUCAGCAAAGAGGAAAUCAAAGAGAAAGUCCAUAAGUACAAUUUAGCCGUCACAGACAAGUUGAAGAUGACCUUGAACUCAAAUGGGAUUUACACUGGCUUCAUUAAGGUGCAGAUGGAACUCUGCAAACCGACCCAGACCCCAGCCAACCCCGGGAGACUCCCACCCAGUAGCAGAGGGUGUGUGAACACACUUCACAUCAGCAGUACAAACACCGUGGGAGAAGUGAUCGAGGCCUUGCUCAAGAAGUUUCUGGUGACGGAGAGCCCCAGCAAGUUUGCACUUUAUAAACGAUGUCACAGGGAAGACCAAGUGUAUGCCUGCAAGCUCUCCGACCGGGAGCACCCGCUCUACCUGCGCUUGGUGGCAGGGCCCAGAACUGACACGCUGAGCUUUGUUCUUCGAGAGCACGAAAUUGGAGAGUGGGAAGCCUUCAGUCUCCCAGAGCUGCAGAACUUCUUGCGCAUCCUGGACAAGGAGGAAGACGAGCAGCUGCAGAGCCUGAAGCGGCGCUACACAGCCUACAGGCAGAAGCUGGAGGAAGCCCUGGGCGAGGUGUGGAAGCCCGGCUAAGGCGAGGGCUUCCUGUCAGGAAGGCACAGCUCGGACCCGUGAAAGAGCGGCACCGCCCCUGCUCAGAGAGCUGUUCCCGUGCCCGCCACGCUAGGGCCUUCCUCUUUCCUCUCUAGACACAGUUCUCAAAGCCUGCGCACGCAGCAUCCUGCGCCUCACCGAUUGGCACAAGGGACUCCGCAAGCUUGUUCUGUUGGCAUGGCGACGUUACCUCUUGCAAGCUGUGAGCCUGUGGUCCUCGGGCCUGUGGAGUGCUCGGAAGCAUGAACACCGGGUCAAUUCCCUGUUUUCUUCUCGUUACUUUGAUUAUGUGAUCUUUGUUAGGCUUCAGGGUGUGCAGAUACUAACAAGCGGUCUUUGCAAACUUGUCCUGCGGCGAAACAACCUGCUUGGUUGUCUUCAUUCAGAACAGUCUGCUCCAUGAUCUGAAAGACACAGGAAUGUAGGAACUCUGGGGGGUUGGGAAAAGAUUGUGUAAGAGUUUUGAUGAAGAAAGUAAAGAGCAUGUUGGGAAGGUAGAGGGAGUGGAGGGAGCCCUCGCUUGGGAGGGUAGCGUGGCUUCUGAGUUAGCCAUAGAGGAGGAAGGUGUAUUUGUUCAUAAAGGAGUCAAAAGCAUUUAAAAGCAUUCAGGGUUGAUGUUUUAAGAUUGCUUGAUUUAGUGGUAAAGUGUGGGGUCAGAGCCAAAGAGCUAGGAGCUAAGCCCAAAGGAGGGGUCCCUGAACUGCAGCUGGCCUGUGGUGGAUUUACCCUUGACUGAGGUGAUCCCGAGGAACCCCCCCUGUGGCUGGCCCUGUGGGGAUCCAGAGGUAGGUCUCCUGCUCCUGCGGCUGGACCUGGCAUCUGUGCACCAGUUCCCCGGCUCUGCUGGUGUAGAGCAAUGGUCUCUGGGUAUAGCUUCUCUGUAGGUGUAGGUGGGGCCUGACCAUGACUGAUCUCUGUUAAAUGUAGUUGCCCUCCCCCACCCUGAGUUUUUUCUCAGUUAAAAAGGAGUUUAGGUAAGGGCAGCUGUUUACCCUCAGCUGUUAGCUAGAAGAUGUAUCAAGUCCAGGGCUCACAGCAAACUUUGACAAUCACUCUCUUCCCCUUUAUUCCACCUCCCCUUUCCUCUUCCCCUCCCCCUUCCCCUCCCCCUUUGGUGCCCCUUCAUCCCUCUCCAGAGUUCUUAAAAGUAGAGGACAGGGACGCUGAUUAAAGGCCAAUCCUACCACAUCCUUGCCUCUCAGAGACUUGACUGAGGCCCCAAGGAAGGCAAGUCCACACCCCGCUGACCACACAGCAGCCGCUCAUUCUGGAACUAUUUUAACAGACUUGUGCGUGUUCCUUCCAACCAAAGAAAUGCAUGUGCAAUAGAAGCCUUCCUGAGGACGGGCACUGUCUCCUCGGUUUCUGCAGCAGCUUGCAAAUCGGAGAGCAGAGGGAGCGGUGUGCUGGGCUUCCAGAGGGGCCUUGCGUCACUCUGCUUUGAGUCUAGGUAGAUUUUGUUGUUGUUUAUAAAUUCCCAAGGAAUUGUUAAUGGGUGAGACUUAAUGGAUUCUUUUGGAAAUUCCAAGGUGCUCCAGCUCUUUGCCUUUCUAUGAACCGUGCCUUUGAAUGAGUAUCUGUCCCUUCACGGUGGCUCUCGUGACUUGUCAGAGGCUGUCAUCUUGUGGGGCAGAUCCAAGUGCAGGGUGUGCCCCGCAAGCUCCCGAGACAAUCAGAUCGUCUAAGCUAUUAGGAAGAGUUGGAAAAAAAAUAAACACAAAAACAGGAGAACUAGCUAUAAAAUAUGAAUGGCCAUCUUGUUUAAUUUUGCAUGUGAUUUCUAGUGCAUCAGCGAGGCUUUAGUGACGCCGCCACCCAACACUUUGCCUUUGUUAUUCAGGGAAUGCCUUGGUGGCUUCUGUGCUGGUUUUACUAUUGCAACUGUGGCUUGGGUUUGUGUCUGCUGUCGCCAACCACCUGGUCUUCUAAUGACUCCUCCCAGUAAGCUUAGAGUUGGUGAAGCAUUAGUUUCUCAGUUCAAGACCCUGCUAGAACCUGAAAGUAGUGGCUGAUGGCUAUCUGUGAAUUUAUUAUUAUUUUUUUUUUACUUGAAGUAGACUGUGUAAUGCAGGAAUCCUCAUCUGUGUUCGUUUGAACCUCGCUCGCUGCCGUGCGCACUACACCUCGUGACUCGGAAACUGUUGAAGAUCUGCCCGGUCCGGGUUCCUGAAGACUGCUGUUCUCCCUAACACUGGUUACUACAGCAGCGUUUCUAAAGCGUGAGAAAGAGCCCCAGAGGCCAAAGAUCUUUAUUGUCACCCGUUGUUCCAGCCUUUCUGUAAAAUGAAAGCAGGCUUUACUGUAAUGCUGUUUUCUCUCCAGAAUGUGAUGGUACCCAAACGAACGAACGGUGUUAAAUGAAGGGCAGAGUUGCAGGGGAGCAUUUUAAAUCUAGAAGUUAAAAGCUAUAUUUAUAAUGUUGAUGAGUUUAAGUUUUAUUUUUAUAGGGAAGAUUUUUUUCUCCCCUGAAGUUGUGUCUGGAAUGGCAAAAUUGUUUCUAUUAUUAAAAAUUGAAGUUGUUAGUUGA